AUAUUGAUGCAAAUCAAGCACGCCAUUGACGCCAUCAGGCAGGCCGCUCGCGUUGCUGGCACUGUCGAACGUGUUUAUAUUUGCCACAUGUGCAUUUAUUAAUAAGCGAGAGGCGGCGGCAGGCAGUGGGACAGUGGUAACAGAAAAAGAAAAAAAAAAAUUAAAACCGUCGAGCUGUCGGGCUUCAAACGACUCGAGCGAGCUCACUUCGUUCGCGCUUUACAACUGCUGCUGUUCCGCAGUCAGGUGACUGGAUAGGCGGUAGCUACAAGUGCGACCGGUGAAUCAAAUAACCGUAACAGCUUUUGACCAUAACAACUGAACUGCCAUGGCAUCGGGAGAGGAAAGUUCGAAGAGAAACGUUGCAUUGAUUUCUGGAAUCACCGGUCAGGAUGGAUCCUACCUUGCUGAAUACCUUAUAGGACUGGGCUACGAAGUUCAUGGAAUCAUUCGUAGAUCCAGCUCGUUCAACACUGGCCGAAUCCAGCACUUGUACAAAGACCCAAAGACCCAUCAGCAAGGCUCCAUGAAGCUACACUAUGGUGAUCUCACUGACAGUUUGAGCCUCAUCAAGCUCAUCAGAGAGACACAGCCAACGGAAAUCUACAAUCUAGGUGCACAGAGUCAUGUCAAGGUGUCAUUCGACUUGAGCGAGUACACUGCCAAUGUUGAUGCGCUUGGUACCUUGCGCAUCCUGGAAGCCAUCAGGGUGUGUGGUCUCGAGAAGAAGGUGAAGUUUUAUCAAGCGUCUACCAGCGAACUUUAUGGAAAGGUGCAGGAGAUACCACAAAAGGAGACGACACCUUUCUACCCUCGGUCACCCUAUGGUGUUGCAAAGCUGUAUGGGUACUGGAUUGUUGUCAACUAUCGAGAAGCGUAUGACAUUUUUGCUGUGAAUGGCAUACUGUUCAAUCAUGAAAGUCCAAGGAGGGGUGAAACAUUUGUGACACGGAAGAUCAGUCGGUCUGUUGCGAAAAUCCAUCUCGGUCAGUUGGAGCACUUUGAACUUGGAAACUUGGACUCAAAGCGUGAUUGGGGCCAUGCAAAGGACUACGUAGAGGCCAUGUGGUUGAUGCUGCAACAGAGCCAACCAGAAGAUUUUGUCAUCGCCACUGGCGAAUAUCACAGCGUCAGAGAGUUUGUCGAAGUGGCUUUCAAGCACAUAGGUCGAACGAUCGUGUGGGAAGGUAGUGGUCUGGAAGAAGUGGGAAAGGAGAAGGACUCUGGAGUUGUUCGAGUUAAAGUAAACCCCAAGUACUUCCGCCCAGCAGAAGUGGACUUCCUGCUUGGUGAUGCCUCAAAGGCUAAGGAGAAGCUGGGCUGGGAGAGAAGGAUAAGUUUCCAGGAUCUAGUCAAGGAGAUGGUGGACUCGGAUAUUUCUCUGAUGAAGAAGAAUCCUGGUGCCUAAAGUGAUCUGAAGUUCUGUACCACAUCUUGCCUUGUGCCCAUCAGGCCUUCUGUGACAUUCCACAACAGGGGAAUGAAUUUGUCGGCCCUGCUUCAAAUUGCCUUAUUGAGGCACAGUCAUUUUACACACACAUUAUCUUUUGUUACCUGGCUGCGCACAAAUGCCUUAUACAGGCAUCUUUCUCGAUUUUUUUUUUCUUGUCACAGGGUUUAGAUAUUUAAAUAUCUUAUUAGGGAGUCUCUUUGUUGCACUGGAAUUGUUUUGUUUUCCUUUUAUAUAUGAAAUUCUGUAAACAAGCAGUGAAUAUAAUAUUAGUCUCUUUGGGACUCGGUGUAUCAAGUGUGGUUUCCUUGAAUCUCGGCAUUAUUUUUGCUAUUGUGCAAUAAAGGUAUUUCUGCCUGA